AUGAAGACCAUGAAGACCAAGAAAACCAAGAACACCAAGAAAACGAAGAAUACCAAAAAGACUAUGAAGACCAUGAAGACUAAAAAGAUCAAGAAGACCAUGAAGACCACGAACCCCAUGAAGACCAAGAAGACCAAGAAGACCAAGAAGACCAUGAAGACCAAGAAGACCAAGAAUACCAAGAAGACCAUGAACCCCAUGAAGACCAUAAGGACUAUAAACACCAAGAAGACCAACAAAACAAGAAGAUUAAGAAGACUAAGAAGAUCAGGAAAACCAAGAAGAUCAAGAAGAUCAAACCAAGAAGACCAUGAAGACCAAGAAGACCAUGAAGGCCAAGAAGACCAUGGAGACCAUGAAGAUCAUGAAGACCAAAAAGACCAAGAAGACCAAGAAGACCAUGAAGGCCAAGAAGACCAUGGAGACCAUGACGACUAUGACGACCAUGAAGACCAUGAAUACCAUGAAGAUAUGAAGACCAAGAAAACCAAGAAACCCAAGAAGACCAAAAAGAUCAAGAAGACCAAUAACACCAAGAAGACUAAAAAAAACCAAGAGGCUUACAGCUCUAAGUUGUCAAGACUAUUUGAACUCGACAUUUUGACAGUUAUUAAGUGA